AUGAGCACGAGAGUUUAUAUUAAAAGUACUCUCAGUGAAACUGGCUGGAAUCAAAGUUUAUUAGUAGAAGAGCAAGAUUGGAGCAACGACUUAGACAGCUUUAUAGAAUUUGAUAACAAUAUAACGACAUACGGUAUACUAACUGAUGAAGAUAUUCUCCAAACUCUGGCCGUAGAAGAAAAUGUACAUUUAGACGAUGAAGUUGUGGAAAAUUACAUGAAAGGCCUUGAACAUGCAUUAGAAGAAAGAAAGGAAAACUUAAAACCAAAUAUUCUUCUAAUUUUCCAUCAAUUAAAAGACGCAUUAGAGCUUUGA